GUGGGUAAAACAGGGAGUGCUGAAUAGCUAAUAAAAUGUAUUCCCAGUUGGGGACAAUGCUUCGGGAAACAAAAGAAAUUUCUCUGGGGUUUGCUCUUUCACUGAGGUGUGUUAAACACUACAGGUACAAACUCACAGCCAUUUAGGAUCACCGCUCUCAGAGUACUACUGCUACUUUGUAUUUAUAGAUUGCAAAAUUUUUAAGGAGCCAACACUUUCCACAGAGAUGACUUUAUUCUCAUGACCACUGAAGUGGGGAGAGGGAAGAGUAAUAUGUCACCACUGCUUGAUUUGUUUAUUCCCACAAGAAAUUAUGUGGAGUCAGGCUUCUUCCUCUGAUGCUGGCUGGAAAUCAAGUGGGCUUGGCAUCUCUGUACAGUACAGGCCAGACACUGGGCUGAGAUCUGUGACUGGUUAGAAAGGCAAGUAUAACCUGACCAGAUUGGUUCUGGAGUCACCGGGGUCCCCCUGUUGUUACUUCACGGCAUUCUAAAGACCUGUCCACCAAUCACAGGGCUCCUUACUGGGUGAAAAAAUGACUGCUAGACAUUGCCAGGAGUCCCUAGCAACACUGCGGCUUUUGAAAUCUGGAGGGGGAGGCUGUGCAGUCGGCCGAUAGUAGAGGAGAGUGCUGAUGCCUCAGGAAGAGACGGCUCUCAGGAUGGACACCCCACCCUCUGAAGAACCCUUAGAUAAGCAAAACAAAAAACUAGAAAACCAGGAAGAGGAGAUGGAGUGUAAGGAACUGGAUGGUCUGAGGGAAGCCUUAGCAAACCUCCGGGGACUGUCCGAGGAGGAGAAGAGUGAGAAGGCGAUGCUGUACUCCCGCAUCCAGGAGCAGUCCCAGCUCAUCUGCAUCCUGAAGCGGAGGUCAGAUGAGGCCCUGGAGCGCUGCCAGAUCCUGGAGCUGCUCAACACAGAGCUGGAGGAGCAGAGGAUGCAGGAUGCUGAGAAGCUGAAGGCCAAGAGCGAGCAGGCCCAGAGGCUGGAGGAACGCUUUAUGACCCUGGCAGCCAACCAUGAGUUGAUGAUCCGCUUCAAGGAUGAACACAAAAGUCAGAACAUCAAUCUGAGAGAGGAGAAUGAGAAGCUGAGGAUGGAGAAUGACCACCUCUUCAGCCAGGCUCUGAAGGACCAGGAGGCCAAAGUAUUGCAGCUCACUGCCCAGAGUGAAGCCCUCACCAAGGAGCUGGAGUCUCUGAAACAGAGGAGCGCUCAGGAGACCUGCCAGGCCCAGGCCCGAGAGAAGGAACUGCUGGAGCUGUUCCAGAGCCAGCAGGCCUGCGCCCACACCAAGGACACAGAGCAGCUGCGCAGCCAGCUGCAGAGCCUCAAGCAGCAGCACCAGCAGGCCAUGGAGCGGAUGGCCAAGGCCGAGCAGGCACACAGCCAGCUGAACCGGGAGCUGCAGGCCAGGCUGCAGGCCGUCACUUGUGAGAAAGACGAGCUGUUGCAGCUGUCCAUGGAGAGGGGCAAGGUGCUUCAGAACAAGCAAGCAGAGAUCCGCCAGCUUGAGGAGAAGUUGGAGACGGCCAAUGUGGCCAGGAGGCGUGCGCUAGAGCGGUUUGAACAAGAGGCAGUGGCUGUGGACAGUAACUUGAGAGUCCGGGAACUCCAGCGCAGGGUAGAUGGGAUCCAGAAGGCUUACGAUGAACUCAGGCUGCAGUCCGAAGCCUUCAAAAAGCACAGCCUGGAUCUUUUAAGCAAGGAGAGAGAACUCAAUGCCAAACUCCGCCAUCUCUUUCCAUAAGGAAGCUUCUGGUUCCUCUGGCCUCCAAUUUAGAAAUCGAGGAUUUGUGCCUUGUGGCGAGAGUCAAGAUAGGAUUCCGUUUAUUCUACUUUUAAGUACAAGAGACCACUCACAGAAAAACUACUUUACUAUGAUAUUGUUGUUGCCAUUGUCAGGAUAACACUAAUUUUCAGUCCUACCACCUAGAAUACACAAGAUUUACCAAAUUUCUUUCUGUGCCUUUGAAAUCUUCCUAAGUUUGCUGUCAGUAUCUCUACCUCCCCCAUAACUUAUUCAUUCUCAACCUCAGAUAUCUUCAUGUGUCCUAAGUUUUAAAAUUAGCAGCCGUUAUGGACUUGAGUGAAUCUUAAAAGUGCAAUGGGAUGUGUUACUGUGAAAAGAAAAAAAUAGUAUAAUUAGCCCUUGUAGAUAGGUAAGCUUGUAAUCUCCCGUAGUUGAGACUGUAAUCUAUAACAGUUAAUAGCAUAUUAAUAGCAUGGGUAACUUGCAGAAAAGUGUCUGAUUUUGCAAUGGGACAAACAGUUGCUCGCUUCACCUGCUUUAUGGCAGUAUCCUUUCUAUUUUAUUUUAUUCGCACUAGCUUGGAGAACAAAAAUUGAGCUCAUUAAAUUCUUUUCCAAAGUAGGCAAACUUUAUUAUAGUCAGUCUAUAUGAGCAAUAAGAUUCAAGUAAGUAAAAUCAACCCAUUUUAAUUUUU